GGCCUAACGCACUGCGUUAUACAGAGACAGGGCCCAACGCACUGCGUUAUACAGAGACAGGGCCCAACGCACUGCGUUAUACAGAGACAGGGCCCAACGCACUGCGUUAUACAGAGACAGGGCCCAACGCACUGCGUUAUACAGAGACAGGGCCCAACGCACUGCGUUAUACAGAGACAGGGCCCAACGCACUGCGUUAUACAGAGACAGGGCCCAACGUACUGCGUUAUACAGAGACAGGGCCCAACGCACUGCGUUAUACAGAGACAGGGCCCAACGCACUGCGUUAUACAGAGACAGGGCCCAACGCACUGGGUUAUACAGAGACAGGGCCCAACGCACUGCGUUAUACAGAGACAGGGCCCAACGCACUGCGUUAUACAGAGACAGGGCCCAACGCACUGCGUUAUACAGAGACAGGGCCCAACGCACUGCGUUAUACAGAGACAGGGCCCAACGCACUGCGUUAUACAGAGACAGGGCCCAACGCACUGAGUUAUACAGAGACAGGGCCCAACGCACUGCGUUAUACAGAGACAGGGCCCAACGCACUGGGUUAUACAGAGACAGGGCCCAACGCACUGCGUUAUACAGAGACAGGGCCCAACGCACUGAGUUAUACAGAGACAGGGCCCAACGUACUGCGUUAUACAGAGACAGGGCCCAACGUACUGGGUUAUACAGAGACAGGGCCCAACGACCGCGCUAUACAGACAGGCCCAACGCACCGCGCUAUACAGACAGGGCCCAACGCACUGGGUUAUACAGAGACAGGGCCCAACGCGCUGCGUUAUACAGAGACAGGGCCCAACGCACUGGGUUAUACAGAGACAGGGCCCAACGCGCUGCGUUAUACAGAGACAGGGCCCAACGUACUGCGUUAUACAGAGACAGGGCCCAACGCACUGCGUUAUACAGAGACAGGGCCCAACGCACUGCGUUAUACAGAGACAGGGCCCAACGCACUGCGUUAUACAGAGACAGGGCCCAACGCACUGCGUUAUACAGAGACAGGGCCCAACGCACUGCGUUAUACAGAGACAGGGCCCAACGCACUGGUUAUACAGAGACAGGGCCCAACGCACUGCGUUAUACAGAGACAGGGCCCAACGCACUGCGUUAUACAGAGACAGGGCCCAACGCACUGCGUUAUACAGAGACAGGGCCUAACGCACUGCGUUAUACAGAGACAGGGCCCAACGCAUGGGUUAUACAGAGACAGGGCCUAACGCACUGGGUUAUACAGAGACAGCGCCUAACGCACUGCAUUAUACAGAAACAGGGCCCAACGCAUGGGUUAUACAGAGACAGGGCCUAACGCACUGGGUUAUACAGAGACAGCGCCUAACGCACUGCGUUAUACAGAGACAGGGCCUAUCGCACUGGGUUAUAAAGAGAAAGGGCCUAACACACUGUGUUAUACAGGGACAGGGCCUAAGGCACUGGGUUAUACAGGGACAGGGCCUAUCGCACUGGGUUAUACAGGGACAGGGCCUAACGCACUGUGUUAUACAGAGACAGGGCCUAACGCACUGGGUUAUACAGGGACAGGGCCUAUCACACUGGGUUAUAAAGAGAAGGGGCCUAACACACUGUGUUAUACAGGGACAGGGCCUAAGGCACUGGGUUAUACAGGGACAGGGCCUAUCGCACUGGGUUAUACAGGGACAGGGCCUAUCGCACUGGGUUAUACAGGGACAGGGCCUAACGCACUGGGUUAUACAGGGACAGGGCCUAACGCACUGGGUUAUACAGGGACAGGGCCUAACGCACUGGGUUAUACAGGGACAGGGCCUAUCACACUGGGUUAUAAAGAGAAAGGGCCUAACACACUGUGUUAUACAGGGACAGGGCCUAACGCACUGUGUUAUACAGAGACAGGGCCUAACGCACUGGGUUAUACAGGGACAGGGCCUAUCACACUGGGUUAUAAAGAGAAAGGGCCUAACACACUGUGUUAUACAGGGACAGGGCCUAACGCACUGUGUUAGACAGAGACAGGGCCUAACGCACAGGGCCUAUCACACUGGGUAUACAGGGACGGGGGCCUAGCAGCGCACUGGGUAUACAGGGGACGGGGCCUAAUGCGCCUCUAAUAUUCUGCGUUUACGGAGACAGGGCCCAACGUACUGCGUUAUACAGAGACAGGGCCCAACACGCUGCGUUAUACAGAGACAGGGCCCAACGUACUGCGUUAUACAGAGACAGGGCCUAACGCACUGCGUUAUACAGAGACAGGGCCCAACGCACUGCGUUAUACAGAGACAGGGCCCAACGUACUGCGUUAUACAGAGACAGGGCCCAACGCACUGCGUUAUACAGAGACAGGGCCCAACGUACUGCGUUAUACAGAGACAGGGCCCAACGCACUGUGUUAUACAGAGACAGGGCCCAACGCACUGCGUUAUACAGAGACAGGGCCCAACGCACUGCGUUAUACAGAGACAGGGCCCAACGCACUGCGUUAUACAGAGACAGGGCCCAACGCACUGCGUUAUACAGAGACAGGGCCCAACGCACUGCGUUAUACAGAGACAGGGCCCAACGCACUGGGUUAUACAGAGACAGGGCCCAACGCACUGCGUUAUACAGAGACAGGGCCCAACGCACUGCGUUAUACAGAGACAGGGCCCAACGCACUGCGUUAUACAGAGACAGGGCCCAACGCACUGCGUUAUACAGAGACAGGGCCCAACGCACUGCGUUAUACAGAGACAGGGCCCAACGCACUGCGUUAUACAGAGACAGGGCCCAACGCACUGCGUUAUACAGAGACAGGGCCCAACGCAUGGGUUAUACAGAGACAGGGCCUAACGCACUGGGUUAUACAGAGACAGCGCCUAACGCACUGCAUUAUACAGAAACAGGGCCCAACGCAUGGGUUAUACAGAGACAGGGCCUAA